AUGGCUAGCAAUCAACCUGAAUUACAUUUACAAUUAGUGGGGUCUGACGACCAUCCGCUAAACUCGUUGAAUCCAUUAAGUCAAGAAAUCCAAAUUUCAGAUAUACUUGUUCCAGGUACACCUUCGACGCCUUCAACAACGUCGAACGAUGAUAUUGCUGACACAAUUAUUGAAGACACACCACCAGAGUUACCGGAAGCGAAAAGUCAAGAAAUGCAAAUGUCAGAUAUACUUGUUCCAGGUACACCUUCGACACCGUCGAACGAUGAUAUUGUUGACACAAUUAUUGAGCACACACCACCAGGGUUACCGGAAGCGAAAAGUCAAGAAAUGCAAAUGUCAGAUAUACUUGUUCCAGGUACACCUUCGACACCGUCGAACGAUGAUAUUGUUGACACAAUUAUUGAGCACACACCACCAGGGUUACCGGAAGCGAAAAGAUUGAAGAAAACAAAUGAUGAUGCAGACGCAUCAAACUACAAUAUAGAUGAUGAUUCAUCAUUUUCGUCUGAUGAAGAAACACUAAUUGGGGCACCAUCACCACUUACUACUUAUGAUCAACAACAUCAAAGAGAAAGAACAAUUGAUAUUGUCGAGAUGUCAUAUGAGAUUAUUGAUGAACCAUUAACACCUCCCCCAACAUGGAUGACCAAACAGACAAUAUCAAGCAAUGUGAAAGGGGUAGCACUUCCACAUAAAGAUUCAAAAGGAUCGACAUCCUCUAAAACGAACUUAUUACAAGUUCCCAACAUGACUACUGGGAGUACUAUAUUGAGAAGCGAAAUAAGAGUACCAUCACCAGAUCCUGAUGAUUCUACACAAACGAACACUGGAUACGGUACAGCACACACAGGUUACCAAGUAGUAGUUCCAUACAGACAAUAUCUUCAAUCAAACACACAUGUACCACCGAUGGCGGGUGCAUAUAACACUGACAGUGUAUUGUUUAAUGCGUAUAACAAUGAUUAUGUACCACCGAUAAAUCGACAAGGGAACCGGCCAUACAUAUACAUUCAAUCGCCAUCUCAGGAAACAUAUGCGCCGUUCGGACAGAUGGGGGAAGAUCAAGACCAAGAUCACACUCCAUCAAGCUCAAAUUACCGUCAAACCUCAUUUCGUGGACGUCGACAGGUUUACUAUAAUUCAAAUCGUAUGAGGUCACCAUCACCACAGAGAGGUAACCAACGGUUCAGAGGCAGAGGUCGACAGUCACGAGGUACUCAUGUACGAACGAAUCCAGACCGUCUACGAGAUAUCGACGAUACUCGCACACUCGCAAACCAAAAUUGGAGAGGGCGGCAGACACGAGGUACGAAUCUCAAUCCCAGACAAUCGAAUCAACAGCAACACGUAAGCAAUCAAAAUUACGGAUGCGAGCACAGUGACGACGAGCUACAAGAACCACAACAAUUGCGUAAAAAAA